CUUGAUCAUGAUCUAGUGAUUGUUUCAAACUCAAUGGAAAUUAAAAAUAAGUUGGUUAAGAUUGUUCAGGCGAUCGAAGUGGAAUUAGGUUUGAUUGAGGAUAGGUUAGGUGAUGGGAUUGGAAAUUUAUUUGAACUUGAACUUGAUCAAAAUUCAAUUCAUAUCGAAACUUUUUCGGUUAAAACUUAUCGUGAUCAAUCAUCAGUUUAUUUAUAAAACGAAAUCAAAAACCUUGAUCGAGUUGACUAACAAAAAAAAAGAUUGGAUUCGAUUUGAUUUUUAGAUUUUCAUAAAAUUUAAGAUGUAGUAAGUAGAAUGUGUUUUUACAUAUAUUUAUUUUUCUUCUGGUUAAGAGUCAACAAACUUGCAAAAAAAAAGGAUAAAAAACAAAAAGGAUAAAAAAAAGGAAAAGGAAAAAACCAUGUGGUUUAUAUUUAUUAAGAAAUCGGUUGAGGUUUGAUCCAUUGUUUUUCUUGGAAACUUUUAUUUAUUCUGGAUUAUGUUGUUGGAUGUGUUGUAUACUAAAAAAAUCACUUAUCAAUUUCAUUUCAUUCAUUCAUUCAUUUUUUUCUUCAGUAUAUGUGUGUGACAGUGUGUAAUCUUUCGUUUUUGUUUUGGUCAUUCGUUUAUGUUUUUUUUUUGUAUUUGGAUUAUAUAUUUGUGAAACUCAGAAAUAUGCAAUUGUUUAUCUAGUU